ACCACAUUGACAGCCAUAGAAACACUUUGAAAGCACUAAACAAAAAGUAAAAAACUCACACUUUUUAGUUCUCUCCGCCUUGUUCUUGUUUUACCCUUCUGUUUUUUCUCAAAAAACCUCUCCUUUACACACACAUAACUUGCAAGCAUUCACAGUUAUCUUGUUUCACUGUGUGACUGUGUGUAACUUAAAGAAUAAAUAUAUAUAAAUAUGUGUGUGAGUGUGUGUGUGUGUCUGUAAUGUGUUGAUUCUUUACUUUUGGUGAAGAGGGUAUGCUAAACUGUGAUUGGGUUUAAAGAUGGACUUGAAGAAAGUUGGAUUUCCAGACCAUUUUGCAUCAGUUAAAAGAAAGGUAGUUUCUGGGUUUGGUUUAGGGCUUGUUGUGUCACUCAUCUUUUUGAGUGUGUUUGUGUUCAAUAGUUCUUUCAAGACUCCUUUUUUUAACCCAAUUUUUCAAGGGUUGAAUACUUUUGGUUCUAAUUCUUCUUCUGUUACUCUUUCUUGGCCCUUCUCAUCUUCUUCUGCUUAUUCCAAGAUUGUUAAUGAUACUGCUGUAACUCAUGCUAAUGGUACUGUGGCCAAGUUGCCUGAUUCUUUAAAGACCCCUGUGGCUAAUGUUUCUCAAGUUGGUUUGAAUGGGACUUUUGUUAGUGAUAGUGGAAAAGGAGGUGAUUUGGAGGGUGCCCAUGUGGGGAAUUCUUCUGAUUUGGUUAAAGAUGAGACUUUUGGUGGUGAUGGGAAUGUGAUUGUUGAGAAAAGUAUUGAGGGGAAGGUGAGUGGGAGCUUAGUUGGUGAAUCUGUUGGUUUAGGGGAUGAUUUGAGUUCCGGUAAUGGAAGUAGUUCGGUUAGUGGUGGUGAAUCUGUUGGUUCUGGAGAGGGUUUGAGUUCUAGUAAUGGGACAAAUUUGAUAAGUGGUGUUGGAGAGAUUAGUAAUUUGACACACAAUGGAGAGAAUGGUGCAUCACUUUCUAGUCCUGAGGUGAUGAAUCCUGUAACUACGUCCGAGAAAGUUAAUGCUACCAUUUCUUCCAACCGUUCCCAGAGUGUGGAAGUAAAGAAGACAUCUUUGGAUAAAUGUGAUAUAUUUGAUGGAAGAUGGGUGAGAGAUGACACAAAGCCGUAUUAUCCUGCAGGUUCUUGCCCUCAUAUUGAUAGGGAUUUUGACUGUUAUCUUAACAAGAGGCCAGAUAGCGAGUUUGUGAAAUGGAGAUGGCAGCCAAACGGUUGUGAUAUCCCAAGCUUAAAUGCAACUGACUUCUUAGAAAGAAUCAGAGGGAAGAAACUGGUCUUUGUUGGAGACUCUUUAAAUAGGAAUAUGUGGGAAUCACUUGUUUGCAUACUACGACAUAGUGUGAAAAACAAGAAAAGGGUUUACGAGAUUUCUGGAAAAAAAGAAUUUAAGAAGAAAGGAUUUUAUGCAUUCAGAUUUGAGGACUAUGAUUGCACUGUGGAUUUUGUAAGUUCUCCAUUUCUUGUCAGAGAGUCGUAUUUCAAAGAAAAGAAUGUUUCUUUGGAGACACUAAGACUGGACCUAAUGGAUCGGACCACCUCAAUGUAUCGUGAUGCUGACUACUUGAUCUUCAAUACAGGGCAUUGGUGGACGCAUGAGAAAACCUCUAAAGGAGAAAAUUAUUACCAGGAAGGUAAUGUUGUGCACACAAGACUCAAGGUACUUGAUGCGUACACGAGGGCACUUAACACUUGGGCUAGAUGGGUUGAUAAAAACAUUGAUAAAGAGAGAACUCAGGUUUUCUUCAGGGGAUACUCAGUAACCCAUUUCAGGGGAGGCUACUGGAAUACAGGAGGUCAGUGUCAUCAAGAAACUGAACCAAUUUACGAAGACGUUCACCUUAUCAAAUAUCCUUCCAAGAUGAGGGCUCUAGAGUAUGUGAUUCAAGACAUGAAAACGCCAGUGGUAUACUUGAACAUUAGUAAGCUCACGGACUACAGAAAAGAUGCACAUCCUUCGAUUUACAGAAUGGAAUACAAGACUCAAGAGGAACAAAUUGCUGCAGUGCAUUCACAAGACUGCAGUCACUGGUGCUUACCUGGGGUACCGGAUACGUGGAAUGAAUUGUUAUAUGCUUCUCUCUUGAAAAUCGGGAAAGGGUCUUGGAAAAUCUAAAGAUUCAAGUUCAGAACAAGAGAUUGCCAAGCUUUUUGGAAGGUGCGGAGGUUUAGGUUGACACAGAUGAAAAAUGUACUAUAUAAUGUCUAGAUUAGUAGAACCGGAAUAUUCCCCUGUAAUAUGUUUUGAGAUUAAAUUAUCCAAUAUGAGGUUUUCCACCAGAAAUGAUUGUAACAUUAUUAAGCAUACCAGAUGUAUUGUAAAGUUGUAGCAUGUUACAAUGAAGUUACUUGUAGGGUGCAAUGAUGUUGGCUAUACUUUCUUUUCUAAAAGUAGGUGAUUAAACUUUA